GAUUGACCUGACCCGCGGGAAGGCGGAAGCGCGGUAAGAUGGCGGCUGGCGGGUGGCUCUGUGGCCUCCUGUGCCUGGCGUUGGCGGCCGGCGCGGCCGCGCUGGGCAAGCGAAGCUCCGUGAAGGUGCUGUCGGAUGGCAUGUGGCGGGAGCUGCUGCAGGGCGAGUGGAUGGUGGAGUUCUAUGCCCCGUGGUGCCCCGCCUGCCAGAACCUGCAGCCCGAGUGGGAGAAGUUUGCCGAGUGGGGCGAGGACCUGGAGGUGAACAUCGCCAAGGUUGAUGUCACGGAGCAGCCGGGAUUAAGUGGACGAUUUAUCAUAACAGCCCUUCCUACCAUUUAUCAUUGUAAAGAUGGAGAGUUCAGGAGAUACCAGGGUGCAAGAACUAAAACUGAUUUCAUAAAUUUCAUCAGUGACCAGGAAUGGAAAUCUAUUGAACCAGUUUCAUCAUGGUUUGGUCCUUCCUCUUUCCUGAUGAGCAGUAUGUCAGCUUUGUUUCAGUUGUCAAUGUGGAUCAGGCACUGCCAUGGUUAUUUAACAGAAAACAUUGGAAUACCAGUCUGGGGCUCAUACGCUGUUUUUGUGUUGGCAACUCUCUUCUCAGGACUGAUACUGGGGCUUGCAAUGGUGUUCUUAGCAGACUGUAUCUGUCCAUCCAAAAGGCACAGACCGCCACAGUACGCACAUUCAAGGAAGAUAGCUCCAGAGUCAGCUCAGCUGCUGAAAAAACUGGAUGAAGAGCAAGAAGCAGAUGAGGAAGAUAUCUCAGAUGAUGAAAUGGAGGAUAAAGAGGUGUCUGGCAGAAACUCAUCACCGAGCACUGUAAGGCAGCGCCCAGCGAACACUGCUGCUACAGUGGAUAAAUCUUAGCUUUAUUUGCAUGUAGGAUUAGUGUUUGAGUCACCAACUCGAAGGAGCUAAAUGUCAAAUCCUUCAGCUUGAAGAGAGGAAUGACUCCUGUCAUGGUAAUAUUGAUGCAUUUCAUGAAUUCAGGAAAGAAAAAAAAAAGGCAUCUUUGGCAUCAGGUAUUUAAAACUAAAACAUGAUGUUGCAAAUUGCCGAAACUUCUCCUGUCUGUGUACAGAGAAGUGCCAAGACAUUUAUGUGGCUUCUUGAAUGACUUGUUCUAUAGGGAUUUAUUUUUUUGUAACAGAAUGUAAACCAGUGUACUUGUUGCAUUAGGGAACAUUAGCAAGGAAAAUGCACUAACCUGUUUGCUGUUAAAGCAUUCAGAAAGGUCUCUCAGUAUAAAUCUGUCUAGUUGUGCUCUGAAGAAAUGCUGAGCGGAAACGUUCCUUCAGUUAUGGGAUGUGUUCCGGGCUUUUUAUGUGACAAAAACUGCGUUUUGCUAUGACAAUGAGUGCUACAACCCCCCGCCCCCGGUCGUCCUUCCAAAGAGAUGGAAGUAGUUACCCUCAUUUAGAGAAACAGAAGUUGCCCUCUGAACAAAAGCUAGAGAGCUCGUUUUUGCCAUCCUCCCCAGUGGAAGCUACCACACGCGCUCUGAGUAGUGUGGAUUCUCUGGCUGACCAGAAACCUGCUAUUUCAUCGAUUUCUUUUAGAAAAGGCUGUAGAAAACUAUGUGAGCUUCUAGUAAUUCUUCUCUUUUACAUUUGGUAAUUAUCAAAAUUACAAGUAGCACCAUGAAGUCUCAUUUGUCUCAGUGACUCUGAUUCAGAUGGGAAUAGUUUACAUGCAGGGUUCUCUGCCGAGUGCAAAUCCUGUCCCCUCAUCCUGCUGGAUGGCGGUAGGAAUCUGCUUAUUUUUAGUACCUGAUUGGUAAUUUUUGUCUAAUCAAGUUUUAUUGCAAAUCCAGCCAGGCUGUACCUGGUCUGAAGUUGAAAUAACUGCUGCUUAAUUUCUGUUACAGAAAAUCAUCUUUUCUGUUUUCACAAAACCAUCUUGAAGCAAAAGACUUUCUUAAAAAAACCUGUAGCCUCCUGUUCUCUGUAUGGUAUUUGUUUUCACUCCGCAUAGAAAUAAAAAGAAUGCACAUGUUAUAAAAAGAA